AUGUCUUUACCACAGGCAUCUCUACCUCUCCAUGCCCGAUGCGAUCCGGUUAACACCGACCAGCCAGAAAUGCCCCAAUACGUCGACUUCGCUGCCGGCGUCGCCAAGAAUUUCCUCAGAGAGCCGGAAUUACCGGCCCUGUUAGAAGAAAAUGGUGGCCAAGAUGCCAAUACCGGAAAUGGAGACAACGACCAUACCUCUACAAACAGCGACAGCUCCGAGCCCGCAGCCUCCCCUGUUGCUCUCGGUAAUGUGGCUAUUCCGCAUGAGCCUGUGCCCGCCCCGACUCAUGUUUCGGUCACCAUCAUCCAUUCCGUCGCACAUACCGUUGCUUCAGCUUUCCCAUCUCCUGGCUCUAUUAUCUCGGAGUCGCCUGCUCAAAUUCCAGCCCUGUCUCCUAGCCCGUCGGUUGCUACCUCUACGCCUGCCCUCGGGCUUGUCCAGGAUCCCACCUCGGUUCCUUCUGGACAGUCCCUUUCCAUGGCCCCGGCUUCCGCUUCCACUUCUCAAUGUCGACCUGUCUCGGUCUCAAGCCCGGCUCCCGCCACGACCGCUUCUCCGGCUUCAGUACCGACCAUUACUCCACCUCCCCACGCCACCGCCAGCACUGCGGGCAACCGCAAGCGCCCCAACAGAAAGCUCUCUCGUGAGCUGAGCUCGCUCGCCCAGCUGGGAGGUCCAGGGAAUGUCAUUGGCAGUGUCAUUGUCAGGAAGAGAAGGCAUGGAAAUGAAGGCGACGCCUCCGACGACACCUCUCACGAUGUGGGCAAGGACAGAUUCAAGAGAGUACCUACGUACGUCUACACUACCUAG